AAAAUGAUUUAAACAAGAAAGCAAAAGCAAGAUUCCAUUUACAACUUUUGCUCAGUCAAGUUGUCUAAUUCUUCGGAUCUGGAUAUAUUAUUUUAAGUUGUCGUUCUCUCUUCUAAAGAGGAUGACAUAGUUGUUACAAUGACGUUAGGGGUGCAAAUUGCAAAUUAUUCGGCAAGACACAAUAAGUUGAUAGAGAGUAUAAAUUUGAAAACUUAAAGGAGUCUAUCGUAAAUAACACAUUGAUUUGGAUCAAAAGUUAAGCACCAUAUACUGAGGGACCAAUUGUGCAAUUAAUCAAAAGUUGCACUCCCUGCAAAUGCGGAACAAAACCGGAUACUGGGAUUGACUGGAAAAUCAAGAAAGGCAACUCAGAAGCACAUCAAUCAUGGCUUCCGAUCCUGAAAAGUUGAUCAUCAAAGCCGAUAAUCUGACAAAACUAAGUUUUACCAGGUGGAGUACUGAUUGGAGAAGUGCUACUGGUUUGUAUGAGCAGGCUGCUAAUGGAUUUAGGGUUGCUAAAAGUUAUGAAAAAGCAAAAGAAGCAUUUGAAAAAGCUUCAAAAGGACAAGAGAUGCUUUCCUCGCCUUGGGAUGCUGCUAAACAUAUGGAGUCCGCUGCUACCAUGACAAAAGAACUAGGCAACUGGAAAGAAGUUGCUGACUUAUAUAGAAGGGCCUCUGAGUUAUACAAUGAAUGUGGGAGGGCCCAACCUGCAUCUGACGCACUUGCAAAAGGCGCACGUGCUUUAGAGGAUGGAGCACCUGAUGUAGCUGUUCAGUUGUAUACUGAAGCCUGUGCUAUACUUGAAGAGGACGGGAAGGAACAAAUGGCCUUCGAUCUAUAUCGUGAUGCUGCAAGGGUUUAUCUGAAGCUUGAAAAGUAUGAAGAUGCUGCAGGUAUUCAAAUAAGUUUGGCAUUAGCUGCUGACAAGUCCAACGCAACACAUAGCCAGUGCAAGGCUUAUCUUAGUUCAAUCAUUGUGUAUCUAUACGCCCACGACUUUAAGCAAGCAGAGAAGUGCUACAAUGAUUGUUGUCAGGUUGAAGUUUUCCUGAAUAGUGAUCAAGGUCGCUGUGCUGGUAAACUUCUUUCGGCAUAUGCUGAAGGCGAUGUUGAGGAUAUUAAACGUGUGGCACAGUCAAGCACUGUAUCAAAUCUUGAUCACGCGAUCAUCAAAAUUGCAAGGAAAUUGCCAACAGGGGAUGUUAGCGCGCUCAAAAAAGAAGCGAUGAAAGACGAUGAAGAUCCUUUGGAUGAAGAUGAUCUGACCUAAACUUUCACUAGUCAUUGGAAUGAGUCGAAACUUCAUGUGUGCUGAGUUUAUGUUCUGAAACAUCUAGUCUUGCUUUUACAAUUCCAUCCUGCUAGAGUUGUCUAUAUCAUGAGAAAAUGUCUGAAGAAAACCCUGUACAGAAGAAUUUCACAAACCCUCCCUCUGAGGAUAGCUUUGCAGAUUGGAAACUUUUGUUCAUGAAUGUAAUUUCAUUUCUUAUAGAAGCUAUUUGGUGAUUGUUUGGAUUAUUGGGCAAUCUUAGCUGUGUGAUUCUGUACUGAGUUUAUGUGAACUAGUUCUGGAAAUUCUUCUGCUCCAA